ACGACGCUUCCCGUUUCCGCUGUCAAAGCCUGUUCCUAAUGGCCGGCAGCGGAGACCAUGCCGGCGCGACUCUGUCGCACUCUCGGACUCUCUUCCUCGACGACUGUGGCGUCCCGCUGCGGUUCUACAUGCCGCCGGGGACCACCAAGGCCUUGCUGGCGCCGAUGAUCAUCCACGGCGGCGGGGUAGUGUGCCGCGUUCAGGAGCCGGGCGCCAUCCUCUUGACUGAGGGGCCGAUGCCGAAAGGCUACGUCAGCACCCGCUACGUGCUGGACAGCGUGGAGCAGGACAAGCAGCUGGCGCUGGAAGAGUACGCCGCGGAGAAGGCCUCCCCGGAGGCGGUGACAGCACAAGGCCGCGGCAGGUUGACGUACUGCGAGGAGGAAGACGCCGCCAUCUUGUUGUACGUGCGCUCUCAUGGCCACAUGACCGUCACCGGAAAUGCCCUCUGGAUGGAGAUGGAGGGAAAGAAUGUGACCUCGCAUUCCUGGCAGUCCAUGAAGAGCCGCUACCUGGGCUGCCUCCGCGGCUGGGAGCAGCUCGACAGCUCCAAGGGGAAGCAGCCGGCGACCAGCGCUCGGACAGCUCCAGAGGCCGCCGAGGCAGGAGGUAAAAGGAAUCUUGACAAUCUCCAGCAGACUGAGUUGAAGUCAAAUGGAAAAGCAACCACCUCAUUUGAACGACAGUCUGAUACAAAUCGAGAUGAGGAAUGCUUCAACAUAUUUCAUAUCGCUAUCCGUGAAUUUGAGGUUGACGAUGACACUCCUGAACUGAUGGUAGAGAUGGGUACUGAAAUGGAGAUGGAGAAAGUCCCUCAAAAGCAGGCGAUUGAGAAUGACAACCCCCCACAAGUCAGCCCUGCUGAACAUCAUCAUCCUAGGCGGAAAGGAACUUUGGCAGAGUUCAUCAUGGAGCAUAAGCAGCCAGAAAUAGACUCUCAGACACCAGUUGAUGAGUUGUUUUCCUCGCCUACGGCGUCCCAGGAUGAGGUGGAAUGUGCCAUUCGAGCUAUCACCACAUUGAUGCAAACCCAUCAGCUUGACCUCUGUGCAGCCACACAGUUGUUACUGAAGAACAAUGGAGAGCUGACAGCAGCCAUGCACUAUAUGGAGACUGGUCACCGGCCAGAUGGUUAUCCUAUCUGGACCCAUCAAGACGACCUUGACCUGGGGAAUGUUGAUGGACAAGUGCGGGAGAGGCUAAUCCAGAAAUUUGGCUCUGAGAAUUUAGCCAAACGCAUUGCCUUUCGUAACAUUUAGCAGUAGAGAGGCAUUAAGAUGUGUGAACAUCGAUGGUCUUGUUUGAACAGUGAAAUUGAGAUGUGAACUUGCUCCUUUUUGAAGGUUUUGGAUUGGAUGGAAAUUUCUACUAGUUGCAGGGGUUCGAAAGCUUGGACAGCAAAGUUUUUAACUUUUUUUUUGAAAUGAGUUUUAAAAAAAAAACUAACCCUAGCUCAGGGUCUAUCUGCACUAGACUUGUAAAUCGUAAAUUUUGUAAAAUCCUUGUAAAUUUUAUUAUUGCUCUAUAAAACUGAGAUCCACGUGUGGUAGCAGCAGCUUGAGGAAGUAGAAACCAUGUAUCUCCCCACUAGUUGAAAAGUUCAGAGCUUCCCAGUUGUUGUACACCUUUUAGAGGGAGCAUUGUUUACUACCUGUUGUAGAUGAUCUUGGGCAUUUCCCUUUCCCAUAAAUGGUGAUUUAAUGUGGCUGAGGUUUAAAACCUUUCACUUAUUAAAGAAAUUUCGACUGGACAUUCCGCCUGAGCUGUUUAUGACUGAAUGUGCAAUUCGAUGUGCAACUGAAUCUUUUACACCCUGCAAGUUAGUAUCAAUUUUGUACUCUGGUUUGGCCAAUGGGAGUUGACUGUCCAACUUAACUACCCCCUAAUAACUGGCAGAAACUUGCAUCUCAUCUGCUGCUCAUAAUUGUAAAAACCAGGUUCACAAUUGAAAUUCCCUCCUGGAUUAGGGAGAGAGAGAACGUAUGGCAGAAGUUUCAGGAAAGGAUUGUGUUACAAAGGACCAAGACUGGUUACGACAAAGAUAAUGUUUUGAACGGAAAUCUUCCUUUUUUAUUAAAUUUUGGGAGUGGUCAGACCACAAGGAAACAUUUUACGGUUUUCACGGACAAUAUUUAAGUGAUGGUGAUCUAGUUUCGGAACAUUACUUUUGAGGAUUGAUCAUGAGGAAUUAAAAUCUAAAUUCCUGUGUAAACUCACCUGGUUUAGAACAGGCUGUAUGCUCCUGUGAACUCCGAACGAAGAUAUGUUUAGGUGGAAGCUAAGACAUAGUUUAUUGUUACGGAUUGCUCCCCCCUGACAGGAGGUUCAGGAACAACAUUCCCUCUAAUUGCUUCCUCUGCUGCGCGGACUUCCAAGCUCCAUCUGUACCUUGUGGAACCUGUGGCUGCCUGGCUUAGAGGGAAUGGUGCCUGAGAGUCCCUGUAUCACCUUAAUAUGUUUUUUGCAUGUGAUUGCAGUGUGUAACACCCUCCAUACUACAUCACCAAUGACGCCCCCCCUAUUGAUAUGUACUGAAGGACAAUUAACACCCACUUGCCACCUCAUGACAUUGUAAUGGCUUGUUAAUGCUUGGUCCCUUGUGCCCUUACUGCUGUUUUGAGAUAACUGAUGCUGAAUAACUUAGAAGUCAGCAAUUGAAAUCAAUAAUUGAUUAUUAAAAUGAUAUCACAA